AUGGGCCUGCUGACUGCUGGCGCGCCGCUAAGUUGGGCUGAGACUAAAAGUCAUGCGGACUUCGUUCGUCGAGAGGGAGCAAAGCAGUUCGUUCGUCUGUGGCGUAAACACUUAAAUUCGACGGGCGCCGCCCUUUUUUGGGGCGACGAAAUCGAGUACACACUGGUGCGCAUUGAUCCAGAAACGAAAGAGGCGUCUCUCCUGCUUAUGGCAGCCGAACUUCUGCCAUAUCUCCAAUGGGAGGAGACACAUUCUCCACCGUGCGUUCCCAAUAAUUAAUUUGUUAUUUUGCAUCUAAUCCGUCUGAAUAGCAGAAGUAUUUGCAAACCCUUAGGAGUUAACAUAUUUUUUCUUCAGUCUCCUGACUCGCUCGUCAAAUAUCAAAAGGCUUGAUAUUUAUGAAUUUGCAGAUUGUUUUCCUUAUAAAACAGAAUGUUUUCUACCGUUUCCUUUUCUUGUGAUCUAUGGGAUACGAGAGAAUGUAGACGUUGUAAAAUACUUGAUGCUAAUAAUAGUUAUGGUGCUAAUUUUUGAAUAAAAUGCACAUUUUGGAUACCGACAGGAUCAGAAGGUAUGUUAACUUCUUAUAAGGUUAGUAUAGAUUUUGCUUAAAAAUUACUCGUUUUUUACUUGUUUUUGCUCCAUUUUUUCGUUAUCUUAGUGGUACUGCCAUUGAGAUGCUUUGGAGGCCUGAAUACGCUGCUUAUAUGAUCGAGGGCACACCUGGAAAACCAUUUGGCCAUCUUCCUGAGUACUUAAAUACAGUUGAAUAUAAUAUGCAGCGACGUCGCGAUCUGGUUCAGAAACGCCUGCCUGACAAUUGUUAUAUAAUGUGUCUGACGUCGUUUCCUAGGUGAGUUAUUAAGCCAUUGAUUUUAUUUUAUGGCGCUGGUUUCGUUAGAAGAACUCUUUACUGCAAAUAUUUCUAUUCAAACAUGUAUUAAAUAAGCAAUUAAAACAAUUUUCUUAGACCAAGUAAUUAAUCUACCCUUCUUAGUAUCUGGGUAUCAUUAUGAUCUUUGGGAAUUCGAAAGAUUAGUGUCUAAUCCCCAUUGCAAACAGACUUCCCAGAUUUCAAGUUUUUGCGCACGUCAUCUUAUCGUACCGAACAUCUGUUUUCUAGUGCAUAGCUUCAAAUAUUUUUUCAACAGCCACGUUUUCUUAAUUCUUUAUACUCGCUGAAAUUCACAGUUUUAUUAGACGUUGGUUAAUUGACCCAUAUAGUGAAAAGAUUGCAUAAACUUGAUUGCACUACUCCUGCGGUUGUCAAUACUGUUAUCAGUAUUAUCUUCUGGCACUUCAAUAGUCCCUCCCAGGCUGAUCUGAAUCAAAGUCCCACAUCUUGAGAAUGUAGCAUUGACCUGUUUUUAUAAACGGCCCUGAUGAGCCGACAUGUAUUUGAUUAUACGAUUCUUAAAAGAAAAAUCAAAGUCAAAUACAAAUUAAAAGUUUCUAUGGUUUUCCCAAGCUCAGAUAUUAAAAAGUAAUAAAUCCACUUAAGAUUUGAGUCUCCCUAAGUAUUUACAGAUUUUGACAUACUUUAUUGUCCUCGUGACACUACUUGAAACAAAAACAGAGGACAACGAAAUAUUUCGGCUAGAAUUUAAGAAAUUAAUGUCUUGCACUUUGGGACGAGCUUAAGUCCCAAGUUGUAUUAUGUAGAGGCCAUAGCCAAUAAAUGGAAUGAUCUGCCCUGACUGCUGGUAACGCGUUUUUGGGAUAGUUUCCUUUGGUCUUAUGUGCCAACGCACUACCUUAAGAGCGUGCAAUAGUUCAUUCGUAACUUCGGCAUAUGCUCGAAGAAAAAAAGGUACGAUGUUGUCUACGUAAUCUACCCUACAUUCUACCUUCGGUGCAUCAGUGGCGUUGGUAUGUGACCGACUCUGUUGUACCGUAAAACUUAAAUUCUCUGCAUCACCCGUUCCUAAGAGAAUUUGUGGGGAAUAUAAUGAAUUUUAUCGCCAGAAGCUGAACUGCUCAAAAAAAUUCACGUCAAGAACAGGAUUUAGAAAUUACGACGAUUGACCUUCUUUAAGUAACGGCAGACAAAAUAUCUCAUUUAUUAGGCGGGAACAUUUAAGAUGUUGUUUUGCAAGCCUUCACAAAGGCAGAAUUCAUUGUGUGCCUCAAUGGUAGCUUCUGAGCCCUACUUCCGUAGAGCCAGAAAAUUCAAAGUUACAGUUACUUGUGACGACGGCAUCCUCUCUUUACUAGAUAAAUCUGCAACUUGAGGCUGUGUACGAGGAUAUAUCUAAGUCAGCUCUAACUACCAUUUGCGAUAGGACGCUUCAUGCAUCGUAGAUGGGAGAUUUCGUUAGUCGAUCCACAUACUCAAAUAGUAUUUUUUGAUAGAAUCGGGGGUCUGGGGCUAACCUAAGUUAUUAAUGCAUUGAUCCUAGUCCAGAUGAAGAGCUCCGCUAUUGACUAGCAAGUCGAGUGAAGCGGCGUUUGAAGAACGUGCACAGAAGGUCUUUAGAAAAUACUGUUACUUUAAGCCUGAUCAUAGGCUUGCGUUAUUCCAUAAAUAGACAGGUGGGUAACUGUGCUGGGGACCUUGUUGACGCCAUGAUGGACGGCUCAGCCAUUUUCGCUAUUAAGGUAGCAUGCGGAGAAUCACCAAUUAUUGAUUAAGUAGUAGAGGAAUUAUUUAAAAGAACUGGGUUUUUGGUGUUUAUAGGUCUAUAUUAUUUAAGAAGUGAAUAAAAACAUCUGCAUGAGGUGUCUUUGUUUUUUUUCACUGCACUAGUCAAAUCGAAAAACUUCCCAUGACCAACCACCUUUGACUUCUCUUUAGUAGAGGGUAUUUAAGGUUCGUUCCCAGUAAUCGGGCAGUUUUUGCCCAACGUUCAUUCACAGUUUCUAGGCUUUCACUUAAAGGAAUUACCAUAGUGAUAAAGUGGGCGUAUGUGUCUGAUCCUUUUGUAUGAAAAGUAUAAGUGGUUCUCUGGAUCUGGAGGCGGCGCGUCUUAGCCUUUUCUUUAUGUGUAACUGCGCUUCAGUGGUGCAAUCAUGAGCCGAUUUUUUAUAACUGCUUGCUCGUAUAGCCGGAGUGCUUUUUCAUUGAACUCUGGACGGACUCACUAGUCGAUUUGGUACGGAGUCCAUCCUUGUACCAGUGCACAAACUUGUGGUGAUUUGUACCUGGAAGUUACCCAUUGACCUCCGGGCCAGUUGGGUUGAAAUAUUACGGUUAACGACGAAUAUGUCACUCUCGAUUGGGACCUACCCAGCUUCUAGCGAGGUUUUUGGGUCUUAAGUGGUCCAGAAUGGUAAAAGGAAACAAAAACCAGGUUUACGAUGUAUUGUGGAGCAUUAAAACAAACAUAUGGUCAGGUUGGUGUCUUCAAACUCAUUUCCAAAUAAUGUUGGCACUUUUGCAGGGACUAAUAGUGCGAUUCAAUGCAAGCAUAACACAAUAAACACUUAAAGACUUUGAAUUAAAUCCUUGUCUUCGAAGCUCAUCGUCCAUCCUGCGAACCACUGUCUUAGAUGUAAGUUCCUUCAAACCGACACCGAACACUUUGGGGCGAUUUCUAAAAAAACCGUCGGAAAGAUUACUAUAAACAAACUAACUCAGUAACUUGGGCUUUGCUGCCCAUUUCAAAAAUAAACAUGAAAACUUCACUUGAGAUUUUGCGUAGGCAAUGUUUCUUCCACAAUAUGAUUUAAUUUAUUGGCAGGAUAUUUGAUUCCAUGCUCAUUAGUUGCACAUCGUCGAGCUUGUUAGAUGACCCUGAUCUGCUUCACGCGUUCCAUUGCAUACUGCAGCAUGCAACAUGUGCUGAACGUGCGUGUUUUGCUGUGUAGGUUAGCUACUCAAUACUGGUUAGUUCAGGACAUGUCGUAGUAUUCUCCUUCUUCAUACUUCAAAGACUAGGACUGUUCUUGUACAGACUUCAAUUUUCUUCUUAUUUUCCAGACUGGGAUGCCCAAACUUCACAUAUCCUCCUGCUCAGUCGACACCAGAUUCAGGCGCGUCUAGAAGCCUCUUCUACCCCGAAAACGCUAUCUUCGGUGCGCACCCGCGCUUCAAGUAAUCAGCUGUUUUUUGUUAUUGACUUUCUUUUAAAACUGACCUUUUUAUUUUACUCCUAUGUUUGUAUUCUCGGGUGAAUAAAAUUUUCGGAUUUUUUUGUGUGACAUGGACAUUUAUUUUUAUCGUUUUGCUAACGUCCUUUCCCAGGACACUGACGAGAAACAUACGUGAAAGGCGAGGCUCAAAAGUUGCCAUAAACCUCCCAAGUAAGACAUUCCAGUUGCUAACUUUCAUUGGUGUGCUAUGUUUGAUUCUGCUCUCAGCCACUUUUUACUCGGUAUUUUCUUUAGUCUUCCGUGAUGUGAACACUCCGGACCCAUUUAUUGAAGAUUUUACCAUUUAUCAUAAUGGUCAGGACCCUUCGGCAACCUCAGCUGCCCUUCCAAAUCAUGUAUAUUUGGACGCAAUGGGUUUUGGUAUGGGCUGUUGCUGUCUGCAAGUAACAUUCCAGGUAUCUCCCGCUUUCUUUUAAUCUACUAAAAGGUUGGUUUUUGACGGAUUCUUUGACGUUUCUCCAGCACUUACGUGGAAGUUUGUUGGCCCGUUUAAACUGAUUAUACUCGACUUCAAGUCGAUGAGAUGUCUGAAUGUGUUGGCACUUGGGACUUUUCUAUUUAAAGAUGGUUAGAAGGACUUUCACUCUCUUAUUACUCCUUUUAAGUAAACGUUUGGCAGUGGUUUUCCUCAGACCGGACACCCACUUGUGUGUCUGUAAGCACGUGGCUGACAACUUAUGUAAGCCUCCGGACUUCCUUAGGUUUCGGUUGACAGACUCUGAUAUUACAUGACGUUUCAGGGCUGUUGCGUUUCUGAAGCAAGAAUGCUCUAUGACCAGCUGACAACAAUCUGCCCAAUUGUGAUGGCGCUGAGCGCGGCGACUCCAGCCAUCCGUGGCUAUCUUCUAGACGUCGACUGUCGCUGGGGCAUUAUUUCUGGUGCUGUUGAUGACAGAACUGAGGAGGAACGUGGUAUUAAGGUAACUUGAACGACCUGUUCGGUUGUGUUCAGCGACUGCUGUAGCUUUUACGACCUUUAGACGUCCAGCUUUUACUGUUUUUGAACACAUGUCAAGUAUUGUCGGAACGCGAGUUACUACUAUCAGCCUGCCACCCCUUCUCUGAACGUAUUUUUCCCACAAAGUAUCGUAUAAAUGAUCAUAUAUUAAUGAACAGAAGAUAAUGUAUUAGCUUUAUUUGAGCUUUCGAACUGAAUAUCAUUCCUUUUGGAAGAAUCAAUGUUUUAAGCGGUUAACUCUUAUUGCCAGCAAUGAAAAAUUUACAUCGAGCCAAGACACCUUCCCCUUAAGUUAACAGAUGAUUUAUGACAAAAAGACAAACUGUUUCAAACGAAUUUUGCUUGUUACGAUCCUCGCUUAAGGCAGGAACCGAAAUUCUAUCAUCUUCGAAAAUUCUUCGCGUUUACCUUCACUUAGUAUUUACCUUGCUUAAUGAAUACCGAUUGUGGCUGCCCGUACAGUUAGAAGUUUUUUACGGACUUCCCGACGUAAAAGACCUAUCUCAAACCAAAAGUACCAAAAUGAGCAUUUAAAAAGUCUUCAAUAACAGUGAUUAUUGCAAUAAAACUUUUCAUUCGUGAAUGCUCGGCAGAAUCCUAAAUUUCUGUCACUGCUUCUUCAUUUCAAAUUGGCAAUUUUUCUCCAAAACCAUCUCCGUAUUCUUUUUGGUAACUCCUGGUUCUUUCUACACACUCCACCUUUCCCCACAAAGUAUUGACAUGAAAUUUUAAAAAAUACGCCUGACAUUUCGCGGCACCUAAAUUUUAGCAAGUUCCGUAUCACUAACUACGGUGGAUUAUUGCAGCUGCUUCAUAAUCUCCCGUGCUGCUCCCUACUCUCAAAAGUUUCCUCGUUGCUUGUAGCAGUGUCUAGUAUGUCACAAGAUGCAAGACUGCCGUAGUUUCGGACAAAUAUACGCAGACGACCUUGAAGACAUCGACUACCGUUAAAUGCUGUGAGACGCUAUGCUGGAUUGAUCUCCAGGAUGGAAGCCUGCCUGCUUUUCAAACUUUAGGAUAUUGAACCCAUCGUCUUCAUUAUCUCCUUUCCUUCUCAAUACAUCUUAGGAACGCACAGCUUCCCUCCAUUUAACGAUAUAUAUUUAUAUGAGAAGGACUGUCGACAAAGGCUGGGGAAACCGAGAUGGACAUUCCUGGCUUAUUAGCCGUUCCCAGUCAGCUUUGCACAAUUCUAGAUUUGCAAGACCUGAGAUUCGGACCUGCGCUUUUCGGUCAUUGAAUGUUUUUAUGAUGAACGCUUUACCACUGAACCGCGUCCCCAAGGCGCAACGUGCCGGGCAUGUCCUUAACCCAAUCGGUGAACGUAAUACCAAUAGUCGAUGUUCCUGAUGACAACCGACAGGACAACGGGCCCGCGGUUGAAUGGCAGAGCGUCCAACUCAAUGACCAAAGACCUUGCAUUCGAAUCCUAGGCCUUCAAACCCGGAUUUUUGCAAGUCUCGCUGUUUAUAGUUAAUUAGCUAGAAACUGCCAUUCCCGUUGUUUAAGAGUGGAAAGCAUCUUUUAUGCCACUUUCUAGGAUUGAAUCCCCAGGUUUCCAGAUCCCCGGGUAACGUGUACAAAUCGUAGAUCUCAAAACUCCAUCAAAUGAAAGAUACUAUGAGUAACUGCGUUGGACGCCAGCAAACAUCUGUUGACCUUAUCACCAAAUCAUGUUAGCUCAAACUUUAUCAACCAUUAAAUCUUUUAAAGGCCUACUUUUAAAUGUUAACGGUUUUUCGAGACAUGCGAUGGUCUGGGGAACCAGCCUCGAAAGUUGACGCAGCGUCCGAUUUUCGCCCUCGUUAAGUUUGUUAUGUUUCCAAUCGCACUUCUUAAUAAGCCUGUUUUUCAACCGACGUUUAUUUAUAUGCGUCCCUGCUAAAUGUCUAAUUUCGUCUCUUAUCCUCUUGAAGCUUUUAUUUUGUGCCUUUUGUUUGUAGCCCCUCAAGAAAGAUCGCUUUCGGAUACCUAAGUCGCGAUACGACUCAGUUUCUAGCUAUAUAUCUCCAGAGGGUGGAGCCUAUAAUGAUACCAACUUGGUACUUGACCCUGAGAUCUACAAGUAUUUAAGAGACGAAGGCAAGUUUUCCUCUGUUUUUCUAUUAAUUUCUUUUUUGUGGCACAUGGUCGCCAUGACGCAGAGGCAUAUGGUACAAAGUCCAGCUUCCGGACCUUUCAGGGGUGCUCGCUAUUUUCGGAACAUUUGGUGAAUGAAGAAUCUAAGCGAAGAUUGAUGUCGCCUUGUUUUGUUUCUGUUCUUCUAUCACCAUCCAAUUGAAGCCUAAUAAGUAGUCACAGUGUCUUAAACUGCAACUCGCCAAAACGCCGGUGGUAAGAGACCACGAGAAAGCAAACAACGACAGAUGCUUGAGAGUUUGAAUCUCUAGGAUUAUUAACGCUAUGCCUCAUGGGGUUUCUCGCCAACGAUGGGGAGGAACGUCUCCUCCUCCAUCAUUUGAUGAGGCAAACUUGCCCCGUCGUAAAUUAUGUGCGUCUCACCUUAUCCAGGCACCCUGUACACUCGCUCACUGACUGUGCGGACUUGAUAUUUCCUGCGUAACGAACGUUUGGUACUCCUCAAAAAGUGUCGGUUGCUAGUACCCGAUGUGGGCUGCUUGGAUUUCUCGAAAGGUUCACAAAUUUUUGUGAAGUGAAAUACGACCAGUAGGCGCCCGCUAAGAUCAUGAUAUAUCUAAACACAACUUGCGUGCAAUCUGUAUGGCUGUUUAGAAGAUUUGGACUUCAGAAAAUUUACUGGGCUGUUUUUUUGUCUUAGUUGCUGGGAAAAUAUGUGGGUAUUUGGUGUGGUGAUAUUAAGUUUUUGGUCGUCAAAUUGAGUGUUCUACUUGAAACUAGAUGAUGGUUCGAGCGAAAAAGAGUGAGAGACCGCAAGUUUGAGUAGUAACACACUAAAUGGCCCCUUUCUCGUGGGUGGUCGACCCAUACUUCUGCUUUCUUACAAUUGAGAGGUUGUACUCUUGAAGCACUAGUCGACCCCAAUAGUCACGCCAUUAAGGUUUAUGCGAGCGCGUUUUUUCAAGUGUUCUUUACUAUCGUCAAGUGUUGUCAAUGAGCACAGUUCAGUCGCCUUUCUGUGCAGUUCGUCUUUGAAACGAUAGUACGCACUUUCCUGAGUCCAGAUGAAGGUUUUAGGUACUCUGCUAAACAUUUUUGGCUCUAUAAAGAAAUAGCUCUGUUGAAACAAAACUCUUGGACUAAACGGUCACCGUAUUCGUUUUAACAGGUAUUGACGAGCUCAUGUCAAGGCACAUCGCCCAUCUCUUCAUUCGUGAUCCAAUUAGUCUGUUUGCCGAGAAAGUGCAACCAUCGUCUGAAGAUGAUACUGACCAUUUUGAGGUCUGUUGCAUUUUUUCGGGUCUUGUAUAACUUUUUAUACUAGGCACACCGAAGACUCCAGCUUUUUUACAUCCCACUGCAGAAGUUGAAUUAUGCAGAAGGUAUAAAUAGAUCUGUGACAUAAAAAGUAGGGAAUCUAACAAUCUUUUGAAUUUCUCUUUUAUGCCGAUAAAUCGAGUAUGUGAGUCUAUGAAUGAAGAAUCUUAAGGAACUUUUCCACGAAAUUCCAUAUUGAUGCACAAAGUUCAGUCUAACCGAGGGCCUCUCUGAUUUCUCAACUUAUACAUGGCUUCUUCUCUCAUGAUGGAGGUGAACGUCAAGCGAUUUCUUUUUAUCUGAAAGCUCGGUGAGCAACAGUUCGGUUAAGAUUCCUACUCGUUUUCUGGCUGCCUACGGGCCAUUUCUUUACUGUUACUGUCGGUGUGCGUCCUGAAUGAGGUCGACAUUCUCGGCUUACGGGUAUACUAUGUAACCCGAUGACUGAAUCAGUUCCGUUGCAAGUUUUUGCAAAUUAUACUUUUGCGCCUGGGUGCAGUAAUUUUGGUACAGACCUUGUUUUAAGACUCUAAAAUCGGACCCACAGAUAAUGAAACGAAGGACUUGCCCUUACCGGCCUUCCUGUACUGCGGCAGGGGUACUUAUCAGCCCGAUUCAAACGUUACUUUCAGUUCCGGUCAGUGAAUUUCUUCAAGCCUUCUAGUACUUCAUAGUCUUUCAGGCAAAAUUUUAUUCUCCAUAAGGUCUGUGAGUAGGUUGUGGACGGCUGUUUUUAUACAGACAAUCAGGGUCGAAUCCUGCGUACUUCAAGGUUCAGUGAACGCCAUCUCUGAUAACGCUGAUGAUAAUUCAUUAGACUGGACUUUAUCCGCCAAAUAUCUACAAGCAUCCUCCCUCAGCGGUUAUUGACCGACGUUCUUAGUCUUUUCCCCAUACUUACGGCUUUGUUUCCAGGCAAACGUCGUUAAACCUGUUAUAGUGUAUCCUCAGACCAUGGACCUGAGCGUCAGAUCCGCGAAUGUUGUUGCUUUCGCGUGUGUUUCAUGCAGUGGGCACCGAUUGCAGUGAUCAGGUGGAAACCCCCGUGAAUACUGAAUAGUCAGUUUAAAUAAUUUUGAAUUGUCUUGUCAACCGAAUUUUGUACGUUCCUUCAAUUUGUUAUUCAAAGCAAUAAACUGUUUUUCGAUCAGUCACGAAGCGUUACACUCCUCAAACUAGUUUCAUUAAACUGCCGGCUUUCUAGAACAGUUUGAAGUUAUGGCUUCGAAUAAUGGGACUUGGAAAAUUUUUCCCAGUUAUCUUCGGUUGGAAAGUGUUAUGCCUUUGGUGGGAAUUAUCAUGACCACCCUGUUAACGAAACAUUGCUUCUGUUCAUCUCUAAAGAGUAGAGAUUUUCGAUACGAAAACGCUGUUGCUUUGUGUAGGCUCACGGGUUUAUCCUGGUUUCCACUCUAAUGAUAUCAAAAACUCUGAAUGCCACCGAAGUCCCUGAAUCUUUAAUCGCAACCUUGCCUUUCAGGUAUAGCCGAUUCACUGGUUAGUGUUUCGUAAGUUAUCAAGGAGAGACACUCCUUUGUAAGUAGAAUCAACUGUUCUCCUUGUCAGCCUGCCAAUUUCCGUUGCAUUUUUGCCUCUGAAUGGAUAUAGAAUAUUCAGUCUACCAACUGGCAGUCCAUGCGGUUCAAGCCACCACCUGCGAACUCGGACAUCGGCUGGCGCGUUGAGUUUCGUCCAAUGGAGUUGCAGCUGACUAACUUCGAGAAUGCCGCUUUCGCAACUUUUGUAGUCCUGCUCACGCGUACAAUCCUCUCCCUCAAACUUAACUUCCUCAUUCCAAUCUCGAAGGUCGAGGCAAACAUGGUCAAUGCAGUCAAACGAGACGCUGUUAACCAGGGCCGCUUUUAUUUUCGCAAAGGGAAUCUGAUUACCACUGGUAAGGACAGUUUUCCCGUGCGGCCUCUUCAGAUUUCGCCUUAGCUGUUCCCAGCAUCUAAGCAUUCUACUACUCAAUGACGUCCUGCUUUUGUCGCAACGAUCCUCCACAAACUUCUAAGCUUCCUUUGCACUUCUUGCCUCGUUAUCCCGUUUUACAGGGGGAUUUUUGCGUCUUCGUUCUCUGCACUUGCUGUAUGUGUGUCGCUGUUUUUUUUUACUGGCAUAAACACUAAAGCUGUCCUCGUAGCUGUACACUCAGCCUCAUGAAAACAGCCGGUGGUUCAAUCCUCGGUCUGUUGGUUGUUUUGCCCCAAAAUCAAGUUGACCCCUCUCCCAGUAGUGCCCGACAUAAAAUGCGUUGAAGGAUCAUAUGAGGGAGAUAAAGUGGUAGACGCACUUCCUCACUUGUGACUUGUCGUGACCGAUCUCGAAUGAAACGUCGCUCUGGAAACUUUGCCGUGUAGGGUCAUUUGCGAAAUCCGUUAGUAUCGCUUUGACUCUGUUUAGCUGUUUCUGCGGAUCAUUUUUCGUUAAGGUAUUUUCUCUCUUACCUCACUCUGUCCCUUUUCCUGGCCACGGAGUCAUUUCUGAUACAUAAUACUCUAGGUUUAUUCAUUUUAAGUGCUUUGAUGACACCGAAUGUCGUUCGUAUGUAAUUGUUUUUAUUAGUGGCAAGCCCUCAGACCGCCACAGCCGUAUGUCGUAAUUCGCAACGAACUCGCACUCCAAAUCUUCAGAAGGAGAAAUCUAAAGUCCCCAACCGGCAUGCCAGCCCUGACAACGAACAUCGGCACAGUCUUGAUUCUUCGGGUGGUAUGAAAUGUUGCCAACUGAACGAAAUCCGUCCAGAAGACUGCUAUACCAUGCUUUCUAUCAACGAAAUCAUUAAUGGCAGCGUGAGUUCCCCUCGUGGCUGUAACCUUUUUUACAAACCCAGUUUUUGCCGAUGUUUGAUGGGUACGUUUUCGAGAUCUUGGACCGUUUUCGCCGCACUCGUCGACUUUCAGGUUACUGUGCCAAGACAGGGUAAUUAAUAAUUUGGCAGGAGGCUGGCCUUUGUGCCGACUCCCCAGCAUUACAAACGACGGGUAAGUUGUACUCAUUGUGUCAACAGCGAAGUGUGCGUUUCACCCCAUGAGCCAACAUACUUUCCUUCCUUCCCUCCUUUGAAGUAAUGUUCAGAUGAUUUUUGACAGUGAUGAGUCAUGGCAGAUUUUUUGUGCUCUGUUGUUGCGUGCCACUCACCUUCACUAAUGACUGUUGUCACCGCCUCUGAAGUUAACAUAGCUUUGUUAUUUUUGAAGUAGCGAAAUUGUCGCAUCUUUGCAUAGCCUACGUCCUCGCAUAUUUUUAGUCGGUCCCGACUCGUAGUUGGUGUAUUAAGUCAUGAACUGCGAAACGAAUGUCAUAGCCAUUUUUAAUAUCAGUUCACGUUACCAUUGUCUUAUCACAUUGUUCGUGAUACCCUUAAUUUCCGCACCUAGCCGCUCCAUGUUUCGCCUUUAUUUGUUCCAUCCGAUUAUUUAGAAGGUAGAAGAAUGGAUCGAGCUCAUGUCACCGAGGCCAUUAAACUAGCUCUAGUGACAAUGGUUUCUUGAACUAAAAUUAGUACUUCGUUCACUUUGUCCACACCCAAACAAUGCAAUACUUCUCCGGAAGGAAAAUUUUCACUACCACUAGAGUUAAUUUAGACCAUCUUAUGUUUAAAAUCUUUUGCUUAAAUCUCACUGGCCUCAGCAUUGAGAAGCAUUAACUAUCAAUUACCGCGGAAUUACUGUACGUGCGCUAGCCCAUUAAAUGUACCUAAAUUUUGCGAAGCAUAUCUUAUCACUCGGAAACAGGAUCACAUAUAUCUAUGAAAACUUCCAAUUAGUAAUGACCGACCUUAGGUGGAAAGAAAACAUAAAAGAAAUAUUAAAAGUCACAUUGCGUUGCUUAGAAGUAACCAUUUUUUGGAUGUCGGAGAUGCCGAAAACCCUCAAAAUCGUGCUAAAUAGGUGAACUUAGAUUAUAGAAGUGUAUAAAGUCUGUCCAUGUGAAUAACUGAAUUUGUAAAACAGCACAAGGAUAACAACGUUUGAGAAUAGUCCUUUAGUUCAGUUUUUGCCUAACUAUUUCCAAAGAAUCAGUGUAAUAUUAAGUAUGACAGUUAUCCAACAGCCUGCAGUUUGAAUGUAGAUUCCAAAACGGGUUGAUGAGAAUUUGUCCUACUUUUUCCGUUUUUGCACUGUUUAAACCCCGAAUAGCUAAUGCAAAGAGGAUUUCGCUUGAUUUUGACGAUAAGGACGUCACAGGAAUAAAAGCUUUCAUACGGCUACAUGUUGACAGGCCGGCCAGUGACUAAGAAAUUUGAGUAAAAUUAACAGAUGACAUCAUAAGCAUACCAUUUUGAAUGCAUAUAGGGGCCUUUCUUCCAUAAAGUUACUCUGCGGUUUUUGGUGACGGUUGAGUCCACUGAGUUUCAGAAUGCCCUUGACAUGUCAAUUAAUGCUUUUCGGUCUUCACUGUCCUCAAUCGACUGAGCAUGAAGAUGGAGCCUGCGCUAUCUGUGCCCGAAUGUAAGACAGAUUUCCGCUCGAAUUUAGAAACAUAUUCGGUCAGGUGUGGUUAUGUCGCCCCACCGGAGGUAAGCAAACCCCAACUACCUGUAAUACGGGACCGGUGGUAAUAGGGGCUUUUGCAGGGGCGGCCGAAGAAAGCACAAGCGACGAGGUCAAGCAAUUGUAUGCAAAAGAAAAGCUAUUGGGGAUGCGCGGUUGUAUUUUGAAGGGUUGAGAAAUAGUUGCCCUAAUCCCUACCCUAGCCUCAACCCUAACCUUGACCCUUUACUGCAGCCCUAACCCAACAGUAUUGUGUCCAUCUGGUGGGCCACAUAACCACAUCUUACCACAUAUUCUACAGAUAACUCAUCCCGUGUUUUCUUCUUUUAGGAGUCUUUCCCCGGCUUGAUUCCUCUCAUUCGCCGCUAUAUGGUUAUGACUGAGGUGGAUCCAAACACAGCCUUCUCAAUUCAUCAGUAUUUGACACUCAUAGGGAAGCGCGCUUCAGGUGAGUUACCUUUUAUGCAGAAGCGUUGUUUGCAGGUUGAGAGCCUUUCCCUCAGAAUAGUCAGUUAAGUUGGCGACUUUAUUCGCAAGUUUUCUCAAAGUAAUAAAUACCAACGAACCUUCCGAUUGUUUAUCGACUUUCUAGGUCGCAUCGCUGCAUUGAACUCUAACUUUAGGUUCGGCACGCGCUCUGCCCUCCAUCAACCAAUUGGCAUGUCACCAUCUUCACUUAACUUUUCUAUUAGGAUUAUUACCUCAGCAGCCUUGAGGAAGAUUUUGGAGUCCACCAGUCUAGUGGUUUGACAUGCUAUACUCCUUAGUGGCCAUAAAAACAGCUCAACAAGGAAACCUCGUAAAUUCUUGUCGAAAUCGGUUUGCCAUCAAAACUCAUAAAUUACCACGUAGAUUUAAGGCCUAAAGUGUAGUAAAACGACCACACGGUAUCGCAAUGUUAGUAGCGAACUCUAUAUGGCAGAUAACUUGUUAGCUCAUCCGACGUCCUUUCUCCUAAUUAGUGAGAAGUGCAUUUGUGAAAAUAUUCGACAUGCAGUUAGUGAAGGAGACUCACCAAGUAGUAGUGUAGUUCUUUCGAACACAGAGAAUACCUGGGACUACUGCGCAAAAAUGUAGGAAGUUAUGGAAAGCAUCUAGACUUCCAUGGGCUGUCGUCGUAAUGACGAACGAAAUUUUGAUCUGCACACGAUUUUACUGUGCAUUUGGUAACAAUAGUCUUCAGGUAGGUUUUGAUACUAGAUUUAUAGAAUUUAGAAUUCUGCAGCCAUUCUUAUGCUCUCGCUCUCUGAAUACUUUCGGCACCCUGUUGGCCUUAGGAUUUCGACCUUACCCCGAAGGCAUUGAGGAUGAUACCAGAGUUCGACCGUCGUGACCGAUGAUGACCACCGAGUGCUCCACAGCAGAGUGGGAGCAGGAACGGUGGCUUUCACCUGAAUUCGUUUAUAGUGACAGUAGACUUGCACGGCAUCUACCGCGCCCUCUCCUCCUCCCCCGCCUAAGUCCAGCAUCAUAACAGAGCCAACAAGACCGGCAGUGGUAGGGGGCAGGGCAAUGGUACGGCGAAAACCUGCACCAAGGCGUGCCACCACACCCCCUGGUCCACCACUUGCACUGGCCAGAAUUUUACAUCAAGUAAAAAGGGAGGGGGGUCAUAGAGGUCAUAUUAAGAAGGAGCUGUUUCAGCUUGACUCCCAGUCUACCGGUCGGCCAUUACACACAAGCACAAACCUGGUUGACUGCGAGGUCUGAGUUAUCCCGUCAGUUGGCAGCCUUCCAAGCCACCGCUUUUAGCACACCGUGCUGGAUUUCCGCCCGUCAGUUUAUAGUUGGGAAUGUGCGCUCAGAACGUCGACCUCACUUACUUAACCCCCCAGGCACCGGUACACUGUCCGUGCAGGUACGAUGUCUGAUGCGGUAAGUUGACGCCGUGGCUGACGGGGCUGAAGAGCCCGUCUGCGCGCGCCACACGCGCGACCUGGCCCCCCAAACACACACGCCGGGAUUGCACACAACAAUGGGUAGGCGGCUUGGACCUCACAUGUGCGAGGGAAUGCCAUUACGAAGGGGCCAUCGCAGUCUGACCCUCAGCUCACCAGCCGGCCACUCCACACACAAACACACAACUUGGCUGUCUGAGUUAUGUAAGUUCAAGCGUAGGUUGGCAACCCUCGAAGCCGCGGCUUUUUUAGCGCACCGUGAUAGUCUCGAACGCACCAGAUUGUUUAUAGUGGGAAAUUUUGCGCUGAGACCGUGGACCUUUCUCGCUCUGCCCUUUCCUGUGCCCCGGCCGACUGUCCGAGACGGUCAGCCAACUGAUGCUGAGAUCUGGCUGACAGAGCUGAGAUGCAGCUCGUCUGCAUGUGCCACACGCGAAUCGGCCCUCAUGCGCACACAGCAGGAUCUGACGCAAAAGGGGGCAGAGCGCUCGCAUCUCGCAUGCUGCAGAGGAACCGCAUGGACAAAGGAGCCGAAGAGCACACUUCCUACUUACGUGAGAGGUGGCGCUGGUGCGGGCUUGGGAGGUGUUCGUGUGUGGUGCAUGUGCUGAGGGGGAUGUGUGGUGAUGUGGUCAUAUCUGCCGCAGGCUUUUAUGAAGACGCAUACGAUCGAAUAGACCCAUGCGAUGAUCGAAUGUGCGAGGGCAAUGCGGACACUUGGGACCAUGUCAUCUAAUGUAUGUUGAUGCUGCAGUCACUGCGAUGGAUUCGCAAGUGACCGACCACGGCUAUGUAAAGAACCUUGAAUUCGUUGCAGUGAAUGCGUUGAAGGGACUCGUCAGGCUCGUCACCAAACUCACACAUAUGGACGUCGUAGGAAAUGGGGCCAGGAGUACAUGGAGGCUGUACUACAGUCAAGAACCAGGUUAAAUUACAAUGAAUAAUAAACAAUACAGGAGAAUUAUGCUACAUAUGCGUAUGAUUCGUCUGUGGCAGAGACUGGUUCCGCCAUACAUGCAGGACAAUUGAUGGGGAGGGCAGCAUUGUGUGCAGCUGCAGGGUACUAACGACGAGCGAGAGUAGAGGAAAUGUCAGUAGCAGUAUUAGAAGGGAUGCCGGUACUCCACGCUGAUACCUAGUUACGCCGGUCCCCACCAGGAUCUCCACGCAAAGCGUCCAACUCUGUUCGGCUCGGUAGUGCAUUACGCCCUUCACAAACUAAGCUUGCCUGAAUGAGAUAAUUAAUGCAAGUUCCUCCGUCUUACUGUUGCCCUCUGCCUAUCAGCAGGUGCUGUUUGGGUUGGUGGCAUUUUGUAGACGUUUCUCCAUCUCAUUAAUCAUUUAUUAGGCUGACUUGAACCCCACGGUUUCUCUCCCUAUCAAACGUCAAUCUGUUGUUUGUUUUUCCGUUCCGUACUUCCUUAAUAGGGGAACUUCCGACUGCCGCGUCCUGGAUGCGCCAAUAUAUAACGAAUCAUCCCGACUACAAGCACGACUCCGUUGUGUCCUCCAAGGUCGCCAGUGACCUUGUAAGCCAGUGUCUCGCAGUGACAAGUGGGCAGCCAAACGCCGCGGGAAACUCUCUUUUGAGGGGCACAUACUCCUCACGUACUGCUGCUCAUCCACCAGCAGCCACAUUGGCUGCUCACGCCUCCCUUAAUGAGAGACGUGUCCAAUCGGCGGUUUCGCUUACAGCGUUAGCGGCCUCUGGGGAAGUCAUUCAUGAGUGUAGCAGUGAGGCGCUGUUGAGCGAAAAGGCUCAGAACAACAGAUUUCACCUUAUAGAAAAUGACGGCAUUUCUUGA